UUGUCCACAUUACCAAAGGGGUCCAUGAUGCAAAAAAAAAAGGGUUGAGCAAAUCCCAUCUCUUUUUCAAUCUAAAAUGUAAAGCGUUAAAUCAGUGUGUGUGUGUGUGUGUGUGUGUGUGUGUGUGUGUGUGCGCGUGUGUGCGUGUGUGCAUCAUCGAAUGUUAAGACUGGAAGGGAUCCUAGAAAUCAACUUCAUUCAGCCCCUUCAUUUCACAGACAAGAAAUUCAUGGACACAUAACAACCUUCCACACUUCAAAAUUUAUAAACAAUAAAAUGAUGGAAAGUGUGAACAUCUGUCAUGUGGCUAAGGUAAAAAAACAAAUACAGAACGCGUCUCUUAGCUAGGAAACAACUGGAAGGAAAAUGCCGGAGGGCUAGCCUGGACCAGGCCAUUGUGAUCUCUAAGGCUUCUGGACACGCCAAGAAGUGGGGCGGAGCGUUUGUUGACUGCUUAAAUACUUUGAUGUUGUAGCACUCAUUGGUCACUGCUCAGUCCAGGCAAAGGCUGAAACAGUUUUAUGUUGUGAACAAGUGCCGCGGGUGGGAAAAGGCUAGGCGGCAGACUGGGAGGCACUGAAUGUUAGGGCGGUGAAAGACACCCUUUGUGCAAGCUUUCUGUAAAAGGGGGAAGGGAGUUGGUCAGAGAAAAGGAGAGGGGGAACUGAAGGGCCAGGGUUGCCAUGCCCAGCUGAUUCCGCCAGAUGUGCAGGUACAUUCCAGCGGUUACAGUAGCCGCUGAAAGCUCCUGUAGGGGGCCAUGUGGAUUUCAGAGAUGCGAGAGAAGACGAACCAGCGCACUCCUUCAACCCUUCUUUGGUAGGGGGAGGGGCGAGGAACUUAGAAGGAGGAUAGUUUCUCAGAACUGAGAAGGGAAUUAAAGAAUUCCCUCCUCUCCUUUAUAUAGGUGGAGGAGAGAUCACGCUGUCAUUAAAAGCACAUCACCUCCCUUGGCAGCUGUGCCAGGCAUCGGGAGACCGGCGAGCCGACACUGAGAAGGGCAAGCCCCGCCUGGGUGGAGGUGUUACAGACCUUCUUACCAUACCUGGGGGAAAGGGGCGCCCGGACCGCGCUCCGUGCCUCCUGCACCAAGGCUGUAUGGCUUGUGGCUUAUUUUCCCAGCUGGCAAACGUCACUAUGAAGACAAGGGAAUGCCUGUGGUUCAAAAAGUAAGUGCCAGGUCCAAGCUUUUCAAGGACUUUCGAUGUCUCUUUGGCCUUCCAGUCACCAUACAGGACCAUAAGGGUUAAAGAUGAUGAGGAAGAAAAGGAAGCGAGGCCCGAUCGCGUGUCCAUGCAGCAGCCCCGGCUCCCGGGCCCCCACGCCGCCGCCAGAGCCCCGGAGGAGACCUGCAUGGACGGGCAUGGGGAGAGCUGCCCCUUCCUGCGCCGCCGCCGGGGCUGAGCCGCGCCGGCGCCGCCUCCGUCGCGGCUGGCGCUCGCCUCCGCUGGCCGCUGUGCUGCUCCUGCUCGGCCUCGGGGGGCUGCCCGCAGGUUAUUGCCAACAGCCAGCCCAGUGUCGAAUCCAGAAAUGUACCACAGACUUUGUGUCACUGACUUCUCACCUGAACUCUGCCAUCGAUGGCUUUGAUUCAGAGUUCUGCAAGGCCCUACGUGCUUAUGCUGGCUGUACCCAGCGUACCUCCAAAGCCUGUCGUGGAAACCUGGUUUACCAUUCAGCUGUGCUAGGAAUCAAUGACCUCAUGAGCCAGAGAAACUGUUCCAAGGAUGGACCCACAUCCUCUACCAACCCCGAAGUUACCCAUGACCCUUGUAACUAUCAUAGCCAUUCAGAAACUAGAGAACAUCAGGGAGGGGACCAGAGUCCUCCCACUUAUCUUUUUUGUGGCUUGUUUGGAGAUCCUCACCUUAGAACUUUUAAUGAUCACUUUCAAACAUGCAAGGUGGAAGGUGCCUGGCCUCUUAUAGAUAAUAAUUAUCUUUCUGUACAAGUGACAAAUGUACCUGUAGUCCCUGGAUCCAGUGCUACUGCUACAAAUAAGAUAACUAUUAUCUUCAAAUCCCACUAUGAGUGUACCGAUCAAAAAGUAUACCAAGCCGUGACGGAUGACUUGCCAGCAGCCUUUGUUGAUGGCUCCACCAGCGGUGGGGAUGGUGAUGUCAAAAGCCUACAUAUUGUGGAGAAAGUGAGCGGCCAUCAUGUGGAGAUGCAUGCCAGGUACAUAGGAACGACAGUGUAUGUGCGGCAAUUGGGUCGCUACCUUACCUUGGCUCUCCGCAUGCCCAAGAGCCUGGCUAUGGCUUAUGAAGAAAGCCAGGAUCUGCAGCUCUGUGUGAAUGGCUGCCCCUCAAGUGAGCGCAUUGAUGAUGGGCAGGGGCAGGUGUCUGCUCUCAUGGGGCAGAUGCUUCCCCGAGCUGCCUCAGCCCCGGCCUGGCCCGGGUAUACACUGGAGACCGCCACUACUCAAUGCCAUGAGAAGAUGCCAGUAAAAGACAUCUAUUUUCAUUCCUGUGUCUUCGACCUGCUCACCACCGGGGAUGCCAACUUCACCGCAGCAGCUCACAGUGCCUGGGAGGAUGUGGAGGCGCUGCACCCUAGGAAGGAACGCUGGCACAUUUUCCCCAGCAGUGGCGUUGGAGGCCUGAGGGGAAGCAGCAGCUGGUCUGUCGGCCUUAGACUCAUGUGCUUGAUUCUUGUGGCGCUUUUGUAGGGCUGUUGUGUUCUUUUGUUUUAUUUUUUGUCUAUAACAAAAGUUUUAAAAUAUAUAUUGUCAUAAUAUAUUGAGUAAGAAGAUAAGAGUAUAUAUGUAUAUACCAUGUAUAUGAAGGGAUGUUUGUCCUGGGACACCCACCGGAUUGUACAUAUUGUGUUGGACUGUUUUUCAUGUAUGUUGGAUGUAGUAUUCUUUGAUUGUAUCAAUUUUGCUUUGCAGUUUUGUGAAAUGUUUUAUAAUGUCCCUGCAUUGGGACCUGUUAGAAAGCACUUUAUUUUUUAUAUAUUAAAUAUUUAUGUGUGUAUAUGGUUAAUAUGUAUAGUCCAUACACACAGAGACCACACCCAGUACUCCCUCUGAAGAAGGCCUACUUAAGAUGCAGAUAUGCUCAUUACUACUAUUUUUUUACCUGAUUCUUAGUGCUGUGUUGCCAAGGACCUCAAUUUUCAUGUUCAUAAAAAUCACAUUCUUUAUUUUUAUAGAUCAAGCGGAUUAGAUCAUUUAAACUAUAUCUUUAUCCUAUUUUCCUCCAUCUUUCACCCAGUGAUAAGCAUAUAUGCUUAUCUUAGACUACUGAGGAAGAGAUCCCAACUGCCAAUCUUACACUGACAUUUUUUGCCAAUUAGUCUUUAGAGAGAAGAAAAAGGCGCUCUCUGAGUCAAAAUUUUUGUACUCUAAUGUACUAUCAACCUUUUUUUCUCUGAACAGCUUUUUAAAUGUCAUUAUGUUGUUUCUUGUAGUCUUCCUUAUAGUCUUUUCCCUUUGCUGUUCUUUUCCAAGUUUUUCAUACAUGUCACCUUUCCCAGUUAAGACUGUGUCCAAAUAUCCAAGAUGAAAUGGGACAUGGAAGCAAUGACAAUAUAAGCUUUGUUAUGCUGACAUGGUGAAUUGGUUAAAGUAAUGGUUGUUGCCCAGGUCAUCACAUCAGCUUCUCUCCCAAAACCUUUAAAUGAAUUUGAAGAGUAGUAAUUUAUCCAUCUAACUCGGUGUUGUUUUCAAAGGUCUGGGAGCCAGAGCUCUAAUUCUUGUUUAUCUGUGCCACCCUCCCCCCAUUCUCCUCCCCUAAAAGAAAAAGCAGAGUUAAAUGAAUCUUUGACCACCUCAUUGUAGCUUAAAGUAUAUUCUUGCAGCAGGUGGAACCAAGACCGCUUUACUGCAUUUGGAUAAUUUUGAAAAUGUGUAAAUCUGUGUUUAGCUUAUAUUUGUCAACUAACUGCCUCCCUCUUCCACAUCACUUUGCCUGUAAACAUAGCAGAGCUAAUGACCAAGUCCUCCUUUUGUUCUUUCAGCUGAGGAAGCUGGCUGGAGUUCAACACAGCAACAGUCUUGAGUGAUUUGAGGCUUCUUUGCACUGAGAAAUGCUGGUUUAAUUUAGGGCUGUGAUGAGAUAGGUAUCUUUGGCUCCUUGUCUAUUCAUGUAUCCAAGAGCUUGAGAGAACAAGUUGGUGCUAGGUCUGGGAAAAUGUUGAAAAGAAUCCCGGCUCUCACAUGGAAUGAUACAGUGGCUCCAGAGCUAGGGACUGGACCUUUGCUUUCAGUGGUAUAGGGAACUUAGAGAUGAGGAUGUUCCUCUACCAAUGCAGGUUAUAGCAACUUCUCUGAAACUGGUAGUCUUAGAGAGUUGUGUAGCAGUUCUUAGAGGUUAUGUAACUUGCCUAGGAUCUCAGAGUCAAUGUGUGCCAAAGUGGGACACAUACUCCAGAGCUAGUUCAGUGGAAAUAGAUCUUGAGAGGAUCUUAGGAAUCAUUCAGUCCAGCCCCCUUGUUUUACAGAUAAGGAAACCAGAGUCCUGAGGUUAAUUGGCUUGCCAGAGUCACAUAGUUAAGUAAUAGAACUUGGGAUUUGAACCUAGAUCCUCUACCUUCAAAUCAAGUGAACAAAUUUGAACAAAUUUCCUUAUUUUUUUUUAAAUCAUAGUUUUUGCACAAAUUGUUAUCAGAUUGAAGAAAGAUCAUUUCUCAAAGCAAUAGGUGAAAUCCUGAAGACUUUUGGACUGAAAGGUGUGCCAUCACUUUUCUACACUUUUAGGUCCUUUUCAGGGAGGAAAAAAGUGCCUCUUUUAGUGAUCUGAAAAAAUAAAGCUGAGCAUUGUAUUUCACAUGAAAGAAUAAAUGGAAGUGCUCUGUAUUCCUGGUGCAUAAUCACACUAUGGGUGUAAGUACCUAACUCUCUUACAGUAUACUUAACCAGUUCCCUUUCUUGCUAGAAUACCUGCCUGUACAUUACUUUGUAGUCCCUAGGCCCCACAGAUCCGUAUGUUUCAGAAAUGGAAGUUCUUCCCUAGGGGGAGGGUUAAGUUCAUUUUCUGCUAUUCCUUCUCCCUGGUUUCUGGAGAAAAUGUUACUUGUACAUGUUGGUUCCUGAAAUCCACCAUUAGCCAAAAAAAAGUUUCCCUUUACCCCAAACAUGUGGGUGGAUAGUCUGAAGCUGGUGAAUGGUCUCCUGGGGAACUCAAGCAUGGAAGGAACAUGGAUUUUCCACAGAUGCUUCCAGUGACUGCCUUAAGAAGCCUUCAAUUCUUUUCUAUUUCUUUGUGUGCUUGGAAACCCUCACAAUGUGUCAAGACUUUGCAGGAAACUUUUAGAUGUGGUUCAUGGAUAUACUAAUAAGUAUUUGUGUAAAAGAGUGAGUGUGCAGUGUGUAAAUACUUUAAAUUAUUAUGCUAGAAAAAUAAAGUUACAUACCCUGCUGUGGAA